AUGGCGACCGACGCGAAGCCGCACCAGGCCACCGUCGAGGACUACUUCUCCGACGACGGUCGUGGCAACGGGGUCCGCAUCGAGGCCUUUACCCCAGACCCCUCGCCCGGCAAGGCCAACGUCCGCACCAAGCGCUCCAAUCCCGAGGAGCUGGGCCUCGACAAGACCCCUACGGGCAGAGUACCAAGCAACUCGGACGUCAAGAGCGACUCUGGGUAUUCCAGCCAAUCUGUCGCCGGCAUGAGUAGCGCUGAUUCCGCCGCAAGUGCCAUGUCGUCGCAGCGAAGCCAGCCCGUCGUCCCUGCCCCCGCUGCCCCCGCUGCCCCCGCUGUCCCUGCCGCGCCCUCGCCCACGCCGGCGCAGAGAGCUCCCAGGCCUCCCCAGCCGCGCCAGCAGAGCACCCAGAGCAUUCCAAGCGCCCAGCCUGCUGCACGCCAGCCACUGUCCCGAAGAGACUCGCAGGCCUCGCGCCGGCCUCCCACUGCCGACCGACGCCCUACCAUCACCCAGCCAACACCCAAACGCAGGGACAGCCGGAAUCUCGAUGACUGCACCGUACCUGGCUGCACAAAGUGUGGUCCCGAUGCCAUCGAAGCUCGGCCGCGACAGCCACGCCGUCCAUCCAUGCUGCACACGCAGCCAGCCGAGUCUGCCCCCGACGUCUCCUAUCCUCAUCCCUACGACACGCGUUCGCAGCUCUCAGACCCCGCGCAGUACCAAAACGCGUCGUCGAGGGAGAACCGCGCGCCUCGAACGUACCACGCACAGGGUGGUCCUGUCGUUCAACCCGCCAUCUCACGCCGACUCUCCGUCAACGCUCGCCGACCCACCAGCUACCACGGAGACAUUCCCUACAACUGGCCGCAGCCCGGCAUGCACGCUUCCCACCCGAGUCCGCCUCAGGAGCACGGUCCACCACUCUCAAGGUCAGCUGUCUAUGGCAACAUGCCAUACGGCCAACCCCCCAUGCCCUCUCCCCACAUGCAACCCUACCCGAACCCGAACCCGAACCCACCGCCGCAGGCAUUCUACCAAGCCCAGCAGAUGCAGCCCGUCUACGACCAGCAAAGGCCCCCUCUACAGGCACGUGCCUCUGCGUCGUCUGGCUAUGGAUACCCCACGACACCCGUUCUGCAGGUGGAGCGCACCGACCGACACAUGCCCUCGGCAAGAUACCACACCAACCCUCCUCCGCCUCCAACCUCGGUCCAACGUCAACAGCCGCGUCGUGACUAUCGCAACCAGGAAGAAUAUGAUGAUUCCGAGUCCGAAUCCGAGUCCGAGACAGGGUCCGAGGAGGAAUACGAACCAGAGUAUCCUCCCCAACGGCCCCGUAUGAUCAUGGCUCCCCCAGACUCUCAAUCUCAAAGGGGUGCCUCCAAGCGGCGUCCAAGCCUACGCCAUGCCAACACGAUGCCUGCUCCUCCCGCGCCCGAGCCAAGGCGUCCACAGACAGUCAUUGUUCCUGAGAGACAUGAUCCUCGGGUCCGUCAUCGCCGCGACUCUCGAGCCGAUCGCCGUGCCUCUGUGAGCAGACCGCCACUCAUCCCUCCUGUCAAGUCUCAUUCGGCGUACGAUAGUCCGCAGGCUCGUAUCAUUGUGGAGGGUUCUAGGUCAUCCCGUCGCGAGUCUUUACAGGCCUACGAUGGGACCUUCCAGGAACACCGCACACGCCAGCAGAAGUACAACGAACCAAGGCGGCCCGACCGCUCUUCGAGAGUCUACGAGAACGUUGCCGUUGGCCAUGACUACGAACGAGAUUUCGAUGACGAUGAAGAGGAAGACGAGCCUGUUGCACGUGCUCCACUCCGCCGCCAUGAAACCGGCACCGAGUCCCGCCGACGACAUCAGCGCCCGGUUGAAGUCAGGCAGGCUGCUGAUGCUGAGGACUACAUCAGUGCGAAACGUGGUGAUCGCGAGACGUACGCUGACCAGACCUACGAGAUGGCCAAGAAAAGAUCGUCACGCACCUCCGGGGGACCCUCAGAGGCCGAAUCUUCUCGCAGCAAGGGCAGCGACAACGGCGGCGAGAUUCGCCUGCGGAUUGGCAACGAUGCUCCCGUUACCCUCAGCCUGAACGGUGACAUGGAGGGUCGCACCCUACAGCUGGUUCCCAUUGAGAAUGGCAUGAACGAAUUGGUCAUCAGCGGCAACGCUCGCGGCGGCGAAAGCACCUACCGAAGCGAGAGAGGCAGCACCAGGGGUGACAGAAGAGCCAUAAUGCCUGCCAGUCAGCCACGAAGAGAGGCUGAGGAAAUGACGGAAAGGAGCUCACAGAGCAGUCGCAGGAAGCGAGAGUCACGAGUGGACCCAAGCGAACCGCGACGUCUCCUUCAGCGACAGCCGCGCAGGACGGAGCGAAGAGAGCCCGAGUACCGUUACUAA